CGCAUUUUUAGCUCUGACUGUAGGAAAACAAGUAGGUGCUCUCAGCGAUGCGUCGUCGCUGCCACAUUGUUGAAGACCUAGGAUUUCCGUAACUUGGAGAGGAACGAGUAAAAACAAGCGUAGCCUCAAAGCAUGAACUGUAAAAAUCAUGCAGAUCAUGGUGCCUUGUGGUUCUUCGAUGUUCGCGCCUGAAAAUAAAGGUCCUCUAGUACGGCACGUGAAAAUCUCGAGGAGCAGGAGCACGUCUAAUGGCCAAUCUCUAGUGCAGGACAUGAAAGCUUUAACAACUAGGGCGCAGCAUGCUGCCUCGGCGGACAUCCAACUUCUAUAUUGGCGCCCUUAUUCUCUCCUUUAGCGCCCUCCACCCUUGUACGAGUUUUGCCGCGAACCACUCAUCUUCCAACUCUAGUAACUACAACAGUGGAAGUAAUACAGAUGGUAGUGGAGCAGGUACAGGUACUAGUGGCACAGGUAGUUCUGGGAACAACAGCAAUGGUAGUUCUAAAAAUAAUGUGACCAACGGAACCAACAACAGUAACAACACCAGCAUUCCCUGUCUCUGUCCUAAUGGGGUUGCGGUAGUGGGCGCAAACUGCGCCGAAAAUAAUGGUACCUCUGUGGCCUGUUCUUCCUGCAAUGACGGGUAUAAUUUGAAUGUAACUAGUGGCGCAUGCGAUGCCGAUGCAGCUUCUCCAACCACGGUCGCACCUGGAGGAGAUGGCGGAAAUACGUCUGCAGGCACGGGAGAUGAUAGUGGAGAUGGGUCAACGGCAGAUAGCGGGACGACGUCAGAUGAUGGAGCGACAAGUUCAAAUUCUUCGUUUAAGGCACGUAUAUUUCCUAUUUGAAUAGUGAUUCGUUCUCUUGAAGUAUUUGCACAUUCACCCUACCACCACUUCACAUAUCAAAUCUUUCUAAUCCUGCGUCUACAACGGAUGAGGCACCCGUCCUCGACGAGACUGCUGAGGAGGAAAUACAGAGCGCAGGAGCAGCUACCGAGAGCUUUGAUACAUGGCCUCUGGUGCUCGCUGCUAUCAGUUUAGUGGCCGCCUUUGCUACUUUUGGCGUACUACACGUUAUCGACACAAAGCUACCCCGGGGCAAGAAUCAGGGUGUGCUUUCCCUACCACCUCGCAAGCUAAGAAUAAGCGAAAGUGUGGCUCGUAUAAGAAGGGGUAAAAAACCUGGUAGUAAAAAAAAUUUACGCGCAAGGAUAGCACCUGUAGAGGAGGACAGCGAUGCAGGCGAUGAUGCCGACGGUCCCGAAGAUCCUGAUGAUGAUCAUGAUGAUGACAGCGAUGAUGAAUGACAAUGACGAUAGAGAUAGGUGUCGUAUCUUAAUAGACCUAGUAUAAGUAUACGCUAGAAGCGCUGCAGUCAAUAUGUAGUGAAAGAAUGAAAAUCAAUACGGC